AUGAAGCUCUUUCUCCUCGCCGCUGCAGCUUUCUCUGCGCCCGCCCUGACGGUCUCCGAGCUUAACCACAUCAAGUCCCUGAAUCCCAGGUGGAAGGCGGGCAUCCCGAAGCGCUUCGAGGGGCUCACGAAGGACGAGAUCUCGAGUCUCCUUAUGCCUGUUUCCUUCCUUAAGAACGCAAAGGGCGCCGCACCCCGUGGCACUUUUACCGAUAAGGACGACGUGCCUGAGUCUUUUGACUUCCGCGAGGAGUAUCCUCACUGCAUCCCCGAGGUUGUCGACCAGGGCGGGUGCGGCUCCUGCUGGGCCUUCUCCUCUGUUGCCACCUUUGGUGAUCGCCGCUGCGUCGCUGGGCUCGACAAGAAGCCUGUCAAGUACUCCCCACAGUACGUGGUCUCCUGUGAUCAUGGCGACAUGGCUUGCAAUGGGGGCUGGCUCCCGAAUGUCUGGAAGUUCCUUACCAAGACUGGAACGACCACCGACGAGUGCGUCCCCUACAAGAGCGGGUCGACAACUCUCCGUGGCACCUGCCCGACGAAGUGCGCCGAUGGAUCGAGCAAGGUUCACUUGGCCACCGCCACGUCUUACAAGGAUUACGGGCUUGACAUACCCGCCAUGAUGAAGGCCCUGUCCACGAGCGGCCCUCUCCAGGUCGCCUUCUUGGUCUACUCCGACUUCAUGUACUACGAGAGCGGCGUCUACCAGCACACCUACGGAUACAUGGAGGGUGGCCACGCAGUCGAGAUGGUGGGCUACGGCACAGACGACGACGGCGUUGACUACUGGAUCAUCCGCAACUCCUGGGGUCCUGACUGGGGCGAGGACGGCUACUUCCGCAUGAUCCGCGGCAUAAACGACUGUAGCAUCGAGGAGCAGGCCUAUGCGGGCUUCUUCGAUGAGUAA